UCUACAAUCUUUUGCGUGUAAUGGGUACUCCUAUAUAGCUCCAGGUUACAUCUUUAGUAUCCUUCGAAUCCCGUGUCUGACCCUAUGUUCAGUGCCAGGGCUGAAUAAGAUGGUAAAGAAACGAAGGCCGAUCUCCUCUUGGAGGUUUUUUUGUUCCUCCCUCGUUUGAAGGGCACGGAGGAUCCGGAGGCGACUUCUUUGAGCCGGCACCCUUUGAAGGUUUGGGAAGCGCAGAUCUUGACGGCGAUCAUCGGGCUUGCGUCAUCCCCGCAUCUUCAUCGUAUCUCUGCUCUGUCUCUGGGACACAUCACGCCCUCGUUGAACCGUCGCCCAAACUCGCCCGUGCUCGCCACCCUCGACAAGUCCGCUGCCCUUCUUUCUUCUUUUAAAUUACCACCGGUGUUUCGACAGAUGUGUUCUGUAGAGGAUGGCUUUCCUGUUUCUGAUCAGGAGCAGAGUGUCAGCUUGCCAUUGCCGGGUGCUUUUCUUGACUUCCUAAACAACAAUGGGUUGGAUCCAUCAAUAUAUGCUGUAGCAGAUACUAUUCCACGCUAUGUAAGGCUAAAACCGGGCUGUGAAUCUCUACUUGCGGAUAUUGAAGCUGAACUCAGGUGUAAACUCGAGGAGGUUGUUUGGCUACCAGGUUUCUUUUCCAUCCCACCUCAUAUUCAAAUUGCCGGUUCAAAGGCAUAUCAGCAAGGAGUGAUAUAUGGAAUGGAUGCAGCUUCAGGGGCCGCUGUUUCAGCUUUAGAUGUCUCACCAGGAGACCAUGUUCUUGAUUUAUGUGCUGCUCCAGGCGCUAAGCUCUGCAUGCUCUCUGAUCUACUUGGUAACUCUGGAUCUCUGACUGGUGUUGAUAUUGCAAGACAUCGCUUAGCAGCUUGCUGUACAAUGCUUCAGAAAUAUGCUCUUGGAGAUUGUUGUCGGCUUUUUGUUGCUGAUGGAACAACAUUUUCUCUUCUACCUUUGAGGUCUUGUAUGGACAUAAAAUCAGGUGCAGCUUAUGGCGCAGAUAAUAAAGAUAUAUUCACAGAGUGGACUUCAAAGAGAUCAUGGAAAGAUCGAAAGAAAGCAUUUAAAGCAAGAAAUGCUAAUAGUUCACAUCAAAGUCAAUCGACUUUAGAACCAGAAUUGAUAUAUUAUGGCAGACAUUCUGGAGUGGUUGGGUUAUGUAAAAGCGAGUUGUUUCGUCCACGGAAUGACAACGAGCCUUCAGUUUCAGGUUAUGAUAGGGUAUGCCAUCUCGGUGCUGGGCCUUGUAUGCUCAGUAUGGAGGCCGGUUCAGCAUACCGUCCGUUUACCGGUACUAAAUCGGUCCUUGUGGAUGCAGAGUGUACUCAUGAUGGAUCAGUGAAACAUAUACAGAAGUUUGCGUUUUGGGGAUGGAAUACUCUACAGCAUCGAGUACUUGAUGCGAAAAGAACAGACACACUAAUGCACCUUCAGUUACAUCUUCUGACCAAUGGUUUCAGAUUGCUAAGAGUUGGUGGAUCGCUUGUGUACAGUACUUGCAGUUUAACAGUUGCCCAAAAUGAACAUGUGGUGGAGCAUUUUCUCGCAAGAAAUUCUUCAGCUGAAUUACGGGAGGUUGAUCUUGCAGAUAAGUGGCCUUGCAAAAGUGGGAGAAUUCCUAAAACCAUACGCUUCGAUCCUACAACAUCCAAAACUAGUGGGCUUUUUAUUGCAAAGUUCACUAAAUUAACAACUUAGUCAUGCUUUGCUUCUUAUCCAGCUACUGUACUGUUGGAUAAAUAUGGUUGUAUUUGCCUUUAUGCAAUAGGCAAAUUAUUAGUUAUGCUGCAUCAUUCUGUAUUUUGCUGAAUGUGUCGGAAUAAUUAAUACCAAUUUUGACACAAAUUUGUGAUGUGUGUCAAGCUUGAUGGAAAAUGUCUCAUUAUUAUUGUUGUAUUCAUCAAAUAUCUGUUAGCCGAUUUUGUUUUCUA